AUGCGAAGCUCAAUGGCUCAAGAGAUUAGCUACCCUUGCCCGUACGCUGAAGGAAUCUUCACAAUAGCGAUUGACAUUGGAGGUAGUCUAGCUAAAGUGGUAUUUUCUCCGUUUAAAAGUAAUAGGAUUUUGUUUGAUACUGUCGAGACAGAGAGGAUUGAUAAAUUUGUCCGAUUAUUGCAUUCUAUCAUUGAUAACCACCAUGGCGGUGAUUACUCCACAACACAGAUUGUAGCAACCGGCGGAGGGGCAUAUAAAUUCUACGACCUUUUAAAGAAAGAGUUUCCCAGUGUGGUUGACAUUAAGCGGCUCGAUGAAAUGCAAUGCUUGAUCAAGGGCGUUGAUGCCUUCAUUCAUGAAAUUCCAGAUGAGGUUUUCACGUUUAAUGACCAGGAUGGUGCACAAAAUGUUUUACUGCCCAACGGCUCUCAGAAUUCGCCCAAGACAUACCCAUACUUGCUCGUUAAUAUAGGGUCUGGUGUAUCGAUCUUGAAAGUUGAUGAUCGAGACACCUUUUCUCGUGUAGGUGGUUCAUCUCUCGGCGGAGGGACUCUAUGGGGUCUUUUGUCACUGAUUACUGGUGCCCAAACUUACGACCAAAUGUUGGACUGGGCUAACGAGGGAGAUAACACAACAGUGGAUAUGUUAGUUGGAGACAUUUAUGGAUCUGAUUACAGCAAGAUCGGUCUAAAAUCAUCAAGUAUAGCCAGUUCAUUUGGCAAAGUAUUCCAGAAUAGAAGAGGUUCCGUUAGUAAGUCCACUUCUCCGGUACCAGCUGACUCAAAGACUUCACACGUCGAUAUAGCAUUGAGAAAUAAAAAAUUCAAGAAUCCAGAUGUUUGCAAAAGUUUACUAUACGCCAUCUCUAAUAAUAUAGGGCAAAUUGCAUACCUUCAGGCUAAAAUCCACAAGGUACAAAAUAUUUAUUUUGGGGGUUCAUAUAUCAGAGGACAUUUGACAACGAUGAACACAUUAAGCUACGCAAUAAACUUUUGGUCUCAGGGAAGGAAACAAGCAUUUUUCCUCAAGCACGAAGGGUAUCUUGGAGCAAUGGGAGCUCUAUUGAGUGCUUAA